CUGACCGACUGAAUCGGUUCUGUUUGUUUUUUUUUUCUAACAGAUCGACUGGAUUUUGAAACGACAGCCGUGAGCAAGCGUCCAAAACGAGAACGGACAGCGCUGCCUUCUUAUAUAACGAAUAGCAACCCUUUGCUAAAAGUGCACGCUAGUUAGCUUGCUACUAGUUUGAAGCAUGCAGACCCGAGCAAGAAGCCUCGUGUUGCUGCAAAGCUAACAGCGUGAAACCAAGCGACGCCAGCGAAGAACUGUUUGUACGGAUGUCGGAAAAACCGAGCGGUCGGUGCCGGGAGAUUCCGAACGGUAACACCGACAACACGCUCCCACCUGCGGAUGGUAGUUUUUCUGUUGCCAUGCUAGCGUUGGAGGGAUUGUGAGCCGGAUCGACCACUGUUUAUCAGGAGCCAGGAGACGAUCCAAUGUGAUCUGGAUAUGAUGUAUGUGCAUUUCCUAUCAAGGUGUCGACAUGGAAUCUGAAAAAGCCACUGGCCGCUAUGGAGACAACCAGGAGGGAAGUCUCCAGUCACUCCAGAGUAGAAAAAAAGAUUCACGGGCAUCGUCCUUACAAAAGGAUAAAAACAACUUCAACGACAAGAUCCAGGAUGAGGAAGAAAAAGACUCCUGUGCUGAGAGUAGAUCAAAAACUUCAGAUCCUGAUCGGGACCAGAUAUCGGACGGAGAGGGACAAAGAAGUAGUGGGUCCUUUUACUCAAAGGACUAUGAGAAUGAGUCUCCUUCAGAGCGCUCGCUCUCACCAUACUCACGAUCCUUGACUCCAUCCCCGACUCCUCAAAAGGGGGUGCGGGCAAAGAGGAUUACUGGCAACCCGCUCUACAAGACCGGCGGUGUGGGGCGCCAGGGUCUAUCCCGUCCACAGCGUCUCGGUCGCCAACCCCUGACCCAGCAGAAUCGCAAGGGAGUGCGACCACAAAGCAAGGAAUCCACUGCUCCUAAAGACCUGGAUCUUGUGACCAAGCGGAUGCUUUCGGACCGCCUGCUAAAGAUCAAUGAACUGCAUAAUGCCCUUGCUGAGCUGCAACAGCGCACCGACGAGCUGCAGAAGGAAAACCGAACCCUCAGACGGGUUUUGCUCCGCCAAGAGAAAGACCUGCAUCGCUACAAUGACACCGACAGCGAGAUUUCCCAGCUGCUGUCGCGCCACUCCAACGAGAAGCAUGUUCUGCGCGAACUCCUCAGGCGCACUCAAGAUCGGGGACGCACCGCCGAGCGGAGGCUGAAGGACAGGGAGGAGCAGCUGCAAAGAAGCCAGACGACCAUCGCCCGCCUAAAAAAGCUGGUCGACCGGCGAGAGUUGGGAGCCAGGGAUGAGCUAAGCCGCAGGCUGGAGGACGAGAAGUCACAUGCUGAAGAGGCAGAACGCAAGAUUAAGGAGCUGGAGCGUAGCAUAGAGCUGAGCAACAGCAGUUACCAGAGGCAGUUGGCUGCAGAGAGGAAGAAAACCUUGAGUGCCCAGGAGGAGAUCAGGACCCUGCAGGAGGAUCUGCAACGAUUGACCAACAAACUCAAGGAGAAGGAGAGAGAACUAGAUGCCAAGAACAUUUAUGCCAACCGCAUGGUGAAACCCUCACAAAGAAAAGAUACUGACAGCUGCACAAAGCAGAAGGGCUCCAGCAAGAACAACAGCAAGGCGGUGCAGACAGAAGACAGGUUGUCUAGUCUGGGUUUCCCUACACCACCUCCUCCUGCCAUCACUGAUGCCAACGAUUGCCACAGUGAACGGGGACCUGAUGAAUAUCUAUCGCUCGAGGAGCUCGGCAGAGCGGACAGACGGGCGGAGACAGAGAACAGGCAUCAAAACGGGGAACGGCAGAAGAUGAGUGACAAGGAAAAAGACCGAGACGGAGAGAAAGAGCAGCUGAAGCAGCAACUCAACCAGGAGAUGGGUGUGCUUGAAGAAAGGGCAAAGAUACUAAAAGACGCCACUAUGUCCACAGGCUGGGAGAAAGAAACUGAGGGAGAAGCCAGAAAAAAGACAAGUUCCCUGUUGAACCAGAAGGAGAAAGAGAACAAUAGGAAGCGUGGACAUGUCCAUGAGGAGGUGGGGAGGUGGAACCAGGAGGCUCUGGUCAAUCAGCAAGCAGCAGAGGAAGCGCGUCAGAAAAAAGAGCAGCUGCUGGCUAAGAUGCGUGAAAUAGAUCGUCUGAACCAGGGAGUCCAGGAGAACAUGUUUGCUGAGUCGCGUCUUUCCGAGUUCCACAAGAGUACCAGUGGCCAUUAUUCUCCACGUCCUCCUGAGCAGAGGAACCAUAACCAUGCGAUUUUCAGCCUAAAAUCCUCAGAGGAGUCGGCCACUUUGGCCGCUGGUGACGGAUUCGGAGAAGGUGGUAGGAGAAGACCGGGCACAGAGGGUGGAGCAGUCACAACAGCACUGGGGAGGAGAGCACUACGCACCCAAAUGUCCAGUGACGAUUUGGCGUUCGGAAGCUACGCGCCUUCUUUCGGACUGUCGUCCCGAGGGGCUUUUGGUUUCCCUUCACCUCCGCCCAAGGAGGACAAGGACUCGAGGACUCUGGAAGGAAUAGGCGUUUUUAGUCUCAGAGGGGCCGAGACCGAAAAAGACACAGACAUGGAGAAAGGAGCGGGCAAGGGCAAAAAGUCGAGUCUCAUGCAGCAGCUCUUUGGUUCCGUGGCCACACCCGUCGGUGACAUCGCGAGCACCUCCAAUAAAAUGGAGAUCAUCAGUAACCCGCCAACCAACGGAGUACGUUUACGAAGGGACAGACUGCACAGCUUCAACUCAGGGUCUUCCAGUCCUCCUCCCGCAUCCUCUUUAAGCAUCUUACACGUAGCAGAAAGCAGACCUGCCGUCCGCGCCAUAGCCUCAUUUGAUGAUGACAUAGAGGAACUGACUUUAUGAAACUAGCAUGUCCCAAAGUAGGCCGCUGCGUCCGCCAGCGGGGGGUGAUUUUUAAAAUAAAAUGAGUGAUGGACGUGGUCUAUAAAUGCUGAACACUUGAUUUUAAACAUUAUCAACAAAACCAGCCAAACUUAGAAGGGAAGAAACGUUCUGUAAAGUAUUUUUAAAAAAAAAGCUAUAUAACUAUACAAACAAUAGCUAAUUUUAGCUUUGUUUCUGUCAUGUAGAAAAUGUGUAAUUGAAUGUGGUUAUUCAGGAAAUUUUGAGUAUUUGCACUUUUCAGACUCUUUUUUGUCAGAUUUCCUGUCAGAUUGUGACUUGCAGUUCAUUUGUGCCAUACAAAGUCGGCAGAGCCACAACUCACAAAAGCAUCCCUGCACCUGGAACGUUUGUCCCAUCAACACACAAGAACUGCACACACUGAUGCAAUUCCCGUUUCUCUUUGUUACACAUUUUAGCACUUUGCCAUAUUUUGUUGCAAUAACAGGUAGUUAUUGGUGGAUGGUAGGCGGUCAUCGAAUUUUUUAAAACAAUUCAUUUUUUGUGUGCGUGUCUUUCUCGAACAAAAUUGAUUCCAUUAAGUUUAGUAAGCUCUGAGACACAGUAAUCUACCAUUACAUGAUAUGUACCGUGUGUAGUCUCAUUCACAAAUGUCUGACAGUUACAUAAAACGGGCUAUUUUUUGCAACUUUAUAAAAUUGGCAAAUUCCCUGCGAGUUUAUUUGCGUUACGACACUAAUUCUAAUCAGAUUCUAGUGGGAAACUCUCAUUGAUCCCAUGGAAAAUGAAAUUAUCUUGAAAUAAUCAACACAAUACGAUCAUUGUAUGGUACUGCAGUGUGUGUGUGUGUCUGUGUGUGUAAUCUGACACGUGUUGUAUAAAAAAGAAAAAUCAAUGUCACACGAUAUUGGGUUGCUUGAGGCCUGUUUAUAGGAUUGCCACGACGAAACAGUCAGACUCUGAACAUCAACGAUUCCCGGCGCUCGUCUUCUGCACUGAUACAGUCUCUGUCUCUGUGAUGUGAUCUGUGUUACACUGAGCAGACAAUCGGCAGCACCGAUGGCUGCAAGAGAAGCCUCCUGUGUUGAAAUGAAUAGACGCAAUGCUCUAUUUUGACCUCUGUUUAGUUAAUUAUGUCACAUGCAUAAAACUCAUGAAUUAAAAGUUGCUGCAUGUGGAUUCUUGCAGUAUGUAAAAUAA